AUGGGCAAGCACGCUCCUGAUAAAGAAUUCCAGAGCCAGGCUCAAACUUCGGUUGUCCUUCCUCCAGCCGGAAAUGACGGCAGGACGCGAACCCCCCAGAUCGCUUCUCCACCGAAGGAAGCAAGACCAGACCAGCCCUCCACAACCCCGGUGAGUAUAGGUCAGACCAGAAGUGCAUCAUUGGACCAUUAUUGGAUCCUGAAUGGCGAAAGGAGGAGAAGCAAGCCAACCGUCCGCGAGGGUCAUGUCGACCCCGGAAGUGUGUUUGACUCGGAAUGGUGUGCGAGUCUGGAGCUGCAAGGCAGGCCAGCGAAGGCGCUGAGGCAGAAAAACGGGCGAAUGGCCGAACGGUUUUUCCUGGGGAGCCAAUCAUGGGACGUGAUUUGGGAGUGCAAAGAAUGCAAAGCCGGCUGUUCGCCCGCCUUCAUUUGCCGGUCUCCAACAUUGUUUGUUCACGCCGCCUUUUCUCCACUGUUUCCGUCUUCGCUUCUCUCGCCCUCCUCGCGCGGCAAACGCCUGCCCGUCCCAUUGCCGAAUGCCCUUCCAUAA